UUUUUAGACAAUCCUUUAGGCUUAAGACUAGCAACCAAUGGCGAACCAAAUUAAAGCAACUUUUGUCAUCGUUGGGGGUGGGAUUGCCGGAGUGUCCUGUGCUGAAACCAUCUCUUUCCUCUGUCCAGAUGAAAGUAUCUAUCUCCUAACCGAAUCGUCGCUCAUUAAGACCGUUACGAACCUGGUCCCGCUCGGCAAAUCUCUGACCAAGUUCGAUAUUGAAGAGAAAGACGCCGAGAACAUCAAUAGGCACGUGCACGUCCUAGUAGACAUCCUGGAAAGCAUCAACUCGCAGGCAAAAACCAUUCGAACUAAGAACGGACGAACGAUUCACUACAACUAUCUGUGUCUAUGCACCGGCGCCCGUCCGAAGCUAAUCGAACCGAAUAAUCCGCACAUCAUCGGCAUUCGGGAUACCGAAUCAGUUCUCGAAUUCCAGAAACGUAUUAAGAACUCGCGAAAAAUUGCAUUGAUUGGAAACGGUGGAAUAGCAUCGGAAAUCGCCUACGAAGUGAACGGCAUCGGAAUCGAUUGGGUGAUCAAAGAUGACCACAUUUCCUCGACAUUCGUUGACGCAGGAGCUGCGAAAUUCUUCCAGUCAAGACUGAAGGCUAAAGAUUCCAAGCCCGAGAAGGCGACAAUCAAACGAAUGCGUUAUACGGAAGAAGGUCAAACAUCGGCUGCAAAUCAGCGUGGAGCUGCUCUGGGGCCAGAUUGGCAUCGUAAAAUCAAUAUAGAAGGGAAGGUUAAGGACAUACCAGAUUCAGUGCGAAUCCACUAUGAAACCGAAAUUAAGGAAAUCAAAAACACCGCGGACAGUGCCUUCCCAAUUGAACUGCUCCUGACUAACGGAGAAUCAAUCCCUUGCGACUUCGUAGUCUCGGCGACUGGUGUAGCGCCUUCUCUGAACUUCACCUACGACCAGCCAUUCACGUUCGGACCUGAUGGAGGGAUUUCAGUCGAUGCUCUAAUGAAAACUAACAUUCCCGACAUUUUUGCUGCCGGCGAUAUUUGUUACGCCAGCUGGGACCGUGCUCACCAUUGGUUUCAGAUGCGCCUGUGGACACAGGCUCGACAGAUGGGCGCGAUGGCCGGAAAGAGCAUGGUGGCUGCCCUUCGGAAUGAAGAGAUCACUCAAGACUUCUGUUUCGAAUUGUUCGGGCAUGUGACGAAUUUAUUCGGGUAUCAAGUGGUUCUGCUGGGGAAGUAUAACGGACAAGGGCUCGGGAACAGAUAUGAAAUGCUGGUUCGCGUCACUCCCGAUUUAGAAUAUAUAAAAUACGUUUUAGUUGAUGGGCGACUGCAGGGGGCUAUUUUGAUUGGAGAGACAGGGUUGGAAGAGACCAGUGAAAACUUAAUUUUGAAUCAACUGGACCUCACGCCUUAUGGUGAUGACAUUCUCAAUCCCGACAUUGACAUUGAAGAUUAUUUUGAUUAGUGGUUUGAAUAAAAGUUUAUGCGUCGAAAUUA